CCUGCCGCGCGCUCUCCCCAUCUGUGUCAUGUAUACCUGCACAGCCUGAGCCGCGUCCUGCUCAGCUUGCACCUGGACUCGAUCUGCUGUCACUACGCGGCUUCAGUGAGUGAUCCAGAGGCUGGAUGUGAAGCAGAUUCACGAUGUCGGAACUUUUUAUGGAGUGUGUGGAGGAGGAGCUGGAGCCGUGGCAGAAACAAGCAUCAGAAGUUCAGUUGAUAGAAGACGACGACGACGACGACGAGCCCAUCUUUGUGGGAGUGUUGUCUAAUAACCAGAAGGAUGCUAAGUCCAGCCCUCCUCCCCGUCCUCAGAGGAACAGUGUGGGCAAACAGGAAGUGAAGCGGACUGUUCCUCAGCCGGCCGUUGUCCCGUCACCCAUAGUGCUGCCCCUCAGCAUAACAGGAAACGCAGUGAACACGGCGCCGCCCACAUUGAGCACCGUAACCCCGCAGCCCGUUAUUGUCAAUAAUCAGGGUUUUAUUGUCACUUCUCCACAAUUAGCAAACAGCAGCGAAUUCAUCAAUUCCCUCGGGACUCGGUAUCCGCCCGGGACGUCGUUUGCAAUCGUACCAGCGGGCCAGCAGCAGCUCUUUCAGCAGGUCACUCCGGGCACGGUGAUCCCCGGCGUCGUCCACAGGCCUCAGGUGCAACAAAUAAGCAACAACGUAGUGACUUUGUCGAACGUCCGGAGUCCCGCCGUGUAUUCCACUCAGUCCAGCCAGCUGCAGCUCAGCCGGCCCAACCCACAGGCUGUGCAGACCUUCUCCCUGCCCGUCAAGGUCAACAACGUUAACAGAGAUCAAAGUUUAGUGAAGCGAGGCUUGACGCCACAGGAGCUGGACAGCGCCGUGAAGAGAGUUAAACGUGACUUGCCGCCGCCAAAGGUGGCCGUACGAGUGGAGAAUGGCGUCCUGAAGAAAAAGUGCCCGAAUUGUCUGGAGGAAUUUCACUCAGAUGAGGCGCUCAGCUAUCACAUGUUGAGUUGCUCUGCAACCCUCGGAGGUUCUUCAUCUCUCAACGCAAACAAACGCAUCAUGUUGGUCUCUGAUUUCUACUACGGCCGCUUCGAGGGCGACGUGUUCAAGAAGGACGCGCAGAAGACCAACACCACUUUCAAGUGCCAGAGCUGCUUAAAGAUUCUCAAGAACAACAUCAGGUUCAUGAAUCAUAUGAAACACCACCUGGAGCUGGAGAAGCAGAACAGCGAGAGCUGGGAGAGCCACACCACCUGCCAGCACUGCUACCGGCAGUACAUGACCCCCUUCCAGCUGCAGUGCCACAUCGAGAGCGCGCACAGUCCCAUCGAAUCUUCAACCAAUUGUAAGAUCUGUGAGCUGGCGUUUGAGUCAGAGCAGGUGCUGCUGGAACAUAUGAAGGGAAACCACAAACCCGGGGAAAUGCCUUACGUCUGCCAGGUGUGCAAUUACAGGUCGUCCUUCUUCUCGGACGUUGAGACGCAUUUUCGGACUGUCCACGAAAACACGAAGGACCUGCUGUGUCCCUUCUGUCUGAAAGUUCUUCGGACCAGCCACAUAUACAUGCAGCACUACAUGAAACAUCAGAAAAAAGGGAUCCAUCGCUGUGGGAAAUGCCGACUGAAUUUCCUCACCUACAAGGAGAAACUGGAGCAUCGGACUCACGUCCACAAAACCUUCCGGAAACCUAAAGCCCUGGAGGGCCUUCCUCCGGGUACAAAGGUGACCAUUCGAGCGUCCCUCACAGGAAAGGCACCAGUCAUGGCCGCCUCAGCGGACCGAUGCAGUUACGUCACCAGCCCAGAGAAGAGUUCCAACCAUCAGACCAAACCUCCGUUCAGUGUUUCCAAGUUCAAGCUAAAUGUGACCGGAGCGGGCAAAGCCAAGACGGCCCAGGCCAAGAAGCAAGAUCGUCGAAUGGCCAAGCACAACCUGUCCCUCAGACACCUCAGCAUCUAUCCAGGACAUUAUACCUGCAUCGAAUGCAACGCAGACAUUGACGACUUCUUCUCUCACUUCCCGAUGGUUUCAAAUUGUGGCGCCUGCAAAUAUCGAACAAGUUGCAAAGUGUCCAUCAGCAAUCAUAUGAUACGAUUCCACAGCACCAUCACCAAGAACAGAUUUCACAAAAUGAACCACAAGAAGUGUUCGUCAGCACUAAAAUUAACUCUGAUCUGUCUCAACUGUGACCUAAUUGUGGACUCGUCCGGUGGCGACCUGAUGACCAAACACUUGAACGACCGACCGAAUCACUCCUGCAAGGUCAUCCUGGAGAAAGCAGAUUUCAAAGCCAAAGAUCGAGUGCUUCUCCACAUGAGCCCGCCAGCCAAAACCCAGGUGCUGCUGUCACCGUCAGAACCCGCUAAAACACCAAACGAGACUUUUGCCAGUGUGGCGCCGCCCGUUCUAGAGCCCCUGUCCCCCGCAGUGUACGAGGAGGAGAUUUCCACCGAGUUCAGCCUGACUGAUGUUUCCACGAAAGAAGAAACGGAGCGGGCUGAGGCGUGCGCCUCCUCCACGUCCAGCCAAAUGGAAGAGGCUUCGGAUCGCCGUGAGGAGCCGGCGAGUAGCUCAGAAAGUCCAGAAGAGAGCGACAAGCCGCCGGCGUCCGUGCUGGAGCCCGCAGCGGAGGAGCAGCCUGAAGCCUGAGUCCGAAGAUCGAACAUUGACAUUGUAAAAAAAAAAAAAAAAGACUUUGUCAGCUUUUCUUUCACAAUUCUCAUAGUUGUGAUGCUUUUUUUUUUCUUCUUUUUUUUAAGGGAAGUAAUCUCAAGUGGAAUGAUUGGCAAUGCCAGUUUUAAUAAAACUGGUAAAAACUUGUUGACUCCUCUGUAACGUGCGUUGCCUAACCAUGUAAAAUGUAGUUCUAUCUCUAGAUGAAAGUGCAUCCACUCUUUCUCGCCUGGUGAACGUUGUGGUGGGGGAUUUCUGCAGUAACGUCACAUUAAUAUUCUGCACUUUGACGUGUUCCAGACCACUGACUGUCUUUCAUCGCACUUUAAGGAGUGAUGGUGUCUUUGAUUGUUUUUAUAUAUUCUGAGGAAAAUGUCCUCAUUUAUACCGUGCUGGUUCUGUGUAUAGCCCUCCGGUUGAUGCUUGCCUGGGUUUUUCCCUUUUUUUUUUUUGUUUUUUUGUUUUUUUUUUUUGUUUGUUGUUUUGUAGUUGAUGUAUUACAGGCUUUAGCUAAGUUUGGAUACAGAAAGCUUCCUCCCAGUUCCAACUAUUAACAUGAAAUCAGUCUACCCAAAUUAGUGGAAAUGAUCUUUGAGACCAUGAAGAGUGAUUUGAAGUAAUUUCUGACUUGAAUGUAAAACGUCAGUCGAAUUUAGACCGACUUUUCUCUUGCGGCUACGUACUCAAACAUUUCAGUUUUAAAAUAUGCAUGUGGUCUUAUGGAAGCGUGGGGCAUAUUUUAGACAAAUUAGUUUUGUUUGUAUUUUUUUUCUAUCCUAUUUAUAUUUAGUUACCAUUUGAUUGAUUCUAGUCUGAGUUUGCAACACCAACACAUAUCUAUAAUUAUGUUUUCCAGAGUGGGGAAAAGCGAGCCCAGACUUAUUUUCUUUUCUAAAGACAGUUAAAAGCAUAUGUAUAUGAAACACUAGAGUCUGAUUCUCAACGGAAAAAGGGGAUGUCAGCUUUGUGAAUCAUGUGAUUUGGUGGAGGCUUUAUAGGUGGGACAACUGUGGGGUGUUUGUUGAAAAACACAGUCCCCCUUAUAGGUUUUAGUUUUAAGUGUGACUUCCAGCUUUUGAAAAAAAGAUGUGUAUAGGUUGCGUUUGGUGCAGGUGAACAACAUGAGACUUUGCUGUGUUCUCUGUUUUCACCACUCAGAUGCCGGUGGCAUGUAGUUAUGUUCAUAAAUAUUUGAACAGAGAUAAAGUUUUUUUGUCAUUUUAUCGUAAUGAAUUUUGAAUGGAACGGUUCAGAUGCAGUUGAAGUGCAGACUUUUAGCUUUAACUCAACAAGUUGCAUGAAUAUAGAAAUAUUCAAAGCAGUUUUUAACUAUAACCUCUGAAAAGUAAUUGGACAAAUUCAAUAACUGAAAAUAAAAUGUAAUUUCUAAUAUUUGGCUGAAAGCUCUUUGCUGGCAGUGACUGCCUGAAGUCUUGAACUCAUUGAGUCACCCGGCGCUGCAAUUCAUCCUUUCAUCUGCCAUUUGUGGGCCUUUCUGAUGAAAUGCAUUCUCAUUUUAUUUAAGAUCAGGAGUUGGUCAUUCAAGAAUUUUCCACUUUGCUUCUUAAACUCUAGUUGCUUCGGCUGAAUGUUUUUGUUUCAUCGUUCAUCGGUUUUCUGAAAUGCCGCCCAAUCAGCUCAGCUGGAUCUGAACAGACAGUCCGUCUCUGAACAAAUCAGAAUCUGCUUCUGUCCUGUGUCACAUCAUCAGUCAACAGCAGUGACUGGCAGCCAUGCAGCCCAGCCCAUUAUGCUGCCUCCGCCAUGUUUUACACAUUAUGAUCCACUACUGUGGAUCAGGAGUUGUUCUUUUCCAUACUUUUUUUUCCCCAUCCUCUGAACCUCAACAAAAAAUGUUCUUCCAGAGCUGUGCUGGCUUUUUUUUCUUCUUCUUUUUCCUCGGCAACAAAAAAGGUGUUUUUCUGUUUUCACAGCCUAAGGAUGGCUGGUUUCACCUGCAUAGAGAGCUCCUUGGACUGUGGCAUCCAAAUGCAGCACCACACCUCAAAACAACUCCACUUUAUCUGCUUAACUGAUCAUGACAUAAGGAAGGACUUCCUCACACCUGUCCAUGGAGUAGAUUGUCAAGAUUGCCCCAUUAAAAAGAGGGUGACAUUUUUUAAGGAGCUGAUCCUCCCAAAUCGUACUUCCACUCUGAAUGUAGAUAUCCUCAAAUGAAAACUGAGUCUGCACAAUCUGUCCAUUGCAAAACUAUAAUUUGAUCAUGUUUCUUCAUACAGGUAAACAAAUAAGACUUGUGUCAAUGUCCAAAUAUUUAUGAACUAAACUAUGUUGCUUUUUUGGGUUGUGAACACUGAUAGUAAAAUAAGAAAAUGACUUGUGUGUGUGAGUGAAAGAAUGAGACAUACUUUGUUUAUUCAUAGCUUUUUAAAAAGAGUUUCACUUGUAUAUACAGUAAAGCAAGUCUGUAAAUGCGUCUCUGUCUGUGAUGGCUCCAUAGCUGUAAUCUACAAAACCUGUUCUAACCACAUUCCUGAAAGACGGUGUGUUCCUCUGAGGACACUUUGCUCUUAGUGCUCAAAUAACUCGGCUUAGUUUGGAGUUUUCCUGUGCUUUGUUAUGUAAAUAAAUCUUUAUU